AUGAAGAAAUACUGUGUGUUUUUCCUUUUCGUCCUAAUCACAAAAGAGGCUUUCGGUGUUGGUCUCAGAGAUAAAAGACAAACGGAGGAGAAAAAUGAGAGUGAGGUAGAAGAUAGGUACGGCUUGAACGGGCCGUUUAAUCCCAGGCAGCCGCAGCGGCCAAUGCAGUACCCGGACCAACCCUCUUUCGGACAAUGGGCCUACCCAGGAGUAUAUCCGGGUCAAAAUGUGUAUCCUGGUCCAGGGCGAUUCCCCAACUUCGGGUUCCCCAACCCAAAUCAGUUCCCAAAUCAAUUCCCAAAUCAGUUCCCAAAUCAAUUCCCAAAUCAGUUCCCAAAUCAAUUCCCAAAUCAGUUCCCAAAUCAAUUCCCAAAUCAGUACCCGAAUCAGUUCCCGACUCAGUUCCCGAAUCAGUUCCCGAAUCAGAUUCCGAAUCAGUUUCCUCAGAACCCGAAUCAACAACCCAGCCAGCAGACAACAACACAGCAACCAAUUGACGGGUCCUCCACUUCAGCUGAUAACAGCCUGGUCGUGCAGGACUGCAUCAGGAAUUGUCCCGUGACGACAGAAUACAAUCCAGUCUGUGGCACCAAUAGCGUGACAUAUCCUAACCCUGGCCGCUUGAUGUGUGCGCAAGCUUGUGGAGUUGCGGUGAACUUGCUUCGAUCAUCUCCGUGCCCGGCCACCACCACGGCGGUUCCAGUC